ACUCGUUUCUGUAUUCUGCUCCCGGUGCCUUGACGUCCGACACAAUUUCUCCUGUGAAACGCAGUUCUUAAGCUGCAGGGCCGAACUCUGCCAAUGGAUACGGACAGUAUGGACUCCAUGGACACUACAGAUGUUGAGGAGAUACUCUUUGACGUCUUGACCAAAAAAGACAGUCACGGAUUCUUCACUGCAGACUACUUGAGGUUCUUCGCUUUUCUCACGAUUGCUGUGUUCUUGAAAACCAUCCAGCGGCAGAUCAGUAUCCCGUACACCGUACUGGUGUUUCUGUUCGUGGUGAGCACGUGGUCGACCUAUUUGAUGUUGAGUGCGCGCUUGCAUCACGACCACGACGUCCGCUGGCUAGGCGUUCAGGCCAUCAUUGUCUUCCUGCCAGCCUUCGUCGUCCACACAACACAGGGCAUCAACAACUACAUCUUCCGACGAUGCCACGUCGAGAUCAUUGUCUUCUCCAUCGGAACAUUCAGCAUAACAUUGCUCAUGUCUACGGUGUACGCCAUGCAUCGUGUCUCUGACGGCACGUGGCCUUUCCGAGAGUGCGUUUUCUUCGGCGUCUUCAUGUCCUGCGUUGAACGACUGCCAAUGAGCGAUGAGCUCUUCAAAGAAGGUCGUUUUCCCGUGAUGGCAACCAUGAUUCAAUCGGAGGCGCUCUUCAAUGCUGCCAUGAGUUGGUGUAUCUUUGGCUACUAUACUGACGACCGUGAACCUGAGCUCAACUCCAUCCUGCUGGUCCCCUUGUACCACCAACUGGUAGCGUUGCUCGCCGGGUUCUUCCUGGGCCUGGCGACAAUGUGGGUUCUGCAAGUGGUUGCUGUCAUCGGCAGCAAUUCCUCAAUCGCUGUGGUCGUGUGUGGCACUUACUUCACCUACUGGUCUCUGGAAUAUUUUUACAACUCAGGGGUCCCUGCCGUUGUAGCCUACGCUAUGGUCAUCAAUUCUCACAGAUUCUUCGUUUGCACGGAACUUCAUACAGUGCUUGAAGACUACUGGGACGUAUUGUACGAUAUCCUCGGGACCCUGGCAACCUUUGUAUCUGCCACAUACACAGCCUUCCUCUUCACACAGUACUUUUCAGAGCUGGAUUGGAAGGAGAUGAGCAUCUGCUAUGCGGCCAAAUGCUUAUUCAGGUGUUGCGCCGUCGUGGCCGUAUACCCAGUCAUCGGUCACUUCGGCUAUCAGGUGACCGUGCGUCAGGCUGCUGUGCUGGCCUGGAUGGGAAUCAAGGGAACCUUCAGCGCCUCUCUAGUCACCAUUCACCAUUUGCUUCAGCAAGACAUGCUCACGGAGAACAUGACCAAGUCCUACCUGUUUGCCAUCUGGGACAUGGUGCUCACGCAGAUGAUCAACGUCACGUUCCUCCCCGUCGUACUGAAAUUCCUCGGUGUCCUGGACGUGUCCGACGUGGAAAAGCGUACGAUGAGUGACGCUGUCGACUACCUGCAAGAGGCGACGGACGAGGCAACAAGCAUCCAUCGUGCAGACAACUUUUUCUUGCUCGUCGACUGGAUCUGGGUCCGUCGCAACACGCUCAUCAGCAAUCCCUUCGAAACCACCUUCCGGUUCCACACGUACCAAUAUCCGCGCAUAGUGAGGAGGAGGCGUGGGAUUCGCAGGAGAAAGUACCGUGGUAACGACGCAAUGGCUGUGGAAAACGUGCUCAGGAUCGAACAGGUGAGCUACUCCCGCCAGUAUCGUCAGGGCGUCAUUCAGCAGAAGACCAAGAUGACUUUGCUGGCAGCGCUCCAAUACCCUUUCGACAAAAAAGUGUACCUGGACAUGGACAUCAUCGGUUCCAUCGUGUCGAUUCCAGAUUGGAUCGUAUGGCUGAAAGAGAACAUUAGCGAAAUCCGUGAAGACGACGGGACCAUUGACGACUCCUUCUCCCUGUCGGAUCGCAUUGAGAAACCCAUGCGGGAAAAGAUAAUGGACCUGUUCGAACACGCCUACUACGAAGUAGUUAUCACAGCGUCAACGCUGGGCGUGGCACUCGUGCUUCUCGGUCUCCUGCGGCACAUUACUGUGCAGAGCGCCAGCAGCGGCAGCAGCAAGACUUUCGUCUAUGUCCUCGUCACCGAAGCUGUGUAUCUCGCCAUGUUUACGACUGAAGUCGCCAUCAUGAUCUCUGCGUACGGACAGAGGUUCGUGAACAUGGACGCCUACAGCCGCAUCGACCUGUUACUUGUAGCGACGUGCAUGUUCCUGUUCGCGCUUCAGUUGAGUUUCUUCGUCAUCCAGGAAACGAGCCUCGAGAGCGUCCUCGUUCUUUCUUUCGUCGCUACCAUAUGUGUGCGCUUCAUGCACACUGUCAAGUACAUCGACCUGUUGGCAGAGGGCGCGUCAUCACUGGUGCACCAGUAUCUAGACAGCAAGAUAUAUGCAGCGUACGAAGCGGGCCACGCCAUCGUCACCGGCGAAGAAGAGGUCCAGAGGAACGUCUGGAAGUUUGUCGACAGCGAGGUUCUGGCCACAGAGAUCCGUGGACGCGCCACCCUCAACCGCCUCAUGGUGCUUCGGCGACUGGUGGAGAUUCAGACCCGCUUCCCAGGUGUAAUGGUCGCCUUCCGCACCCGUCAGGCCAGCACUACCAUCCUGAGUGACGUCACUAGGCAGCUGCGCACCCUGAGGAGGGAUGGCUUGCUCGACGAUAGUAUCAGCAGCGACGUUGUACUCAAGCUGAAUACUGCUCACAUGAGGAUUAUCGGGGGACCCUGCAGCAUGCCCACUAGUUACAAGCCAAUCGCCAUGCUGCGCGUCAUUCCGUGGAUUCCGUCAGACGCCAUACGCCAGUUCCUCGCAAUUAAAAUUCGUCCGGUUUCUUACUCUGCCGGAGACAUCAUUGUCGAGCAAGGCGAGGAGAACCCGAUUCUGCUCGCCUAUUCGGGGAUUUUGAAGAUAGAAGGCGAAUUCGAGGAUCAGCACGACGGUGUCCUCCCCAAUUCAACUUCGCCGCUAUUUUAUUUUAACGAAGGAUACUUCGUGGAUUACGUGGCUGCACCUGCAUGCAUCGGGGUUCUAGGCCUCGUCUCCGACGCGGCCUCUAUUACUAGAGUUGUAGCUGAAACUCAGAUCAAUGCAUACGUAAUUCCUCGGGCACGGGUCUUGGAAGCAAUGAGCAUUUUCACCCGCCCGCCCAGCUUCCUCUACCACAUUUGGCACCACAUUGCCAGGGUCGUCGCUUCACUUGUUCUACAGACGGACACAAAGUAUCAGACCUGGCCACUGGAGAAGAUAAGCCGCCGACUGGAAUCUUUCCUCCUUCCCGAUUUGUCAGAGUGCAACCGGUUCCAGUUGACGUCCGAUAUCCAAGAAGCGGUCCUGGUACAGGGCAUCGCACUCGACACAGAGACCCAAGACCUAUACACUGCCCCCGUGUGCUUGCCAUCGAAACCCAUGAGACUUGUAUUUCCGCAGACAAGAGAGACAAGGGUACGAAACGUGCUCCUAUUGGUCGCAGAGGAUACCUACAAGGUUCCCCUGGAGUAUGAUUGGCUUCAGAAGAAGUCUGGGGAUGAGGACCGCGAAGCGGAGUAUAAUGAGCGCUUUUGGGGCCGUGAGAGAGGAUUCGACCACGAGGGCUCACUGAAGCAGUACAGCGUGGAACCUUCCAGCCUAUAAUACGAAUAAAUACGUUCAGUGUUUGGCA